UACAGAUAGCAUCUACACCUCCAACAUCUUCUGCAGAAUCACCAACAACAUUAACGUCACCAACUGCGGCAACAAUGGAUUCGACAUCGAUUACAGUUACAUCAUCACCGAUUGUAUUGCUAAAAACGACAUCCAUGAUGGCGAUAUCGCCAUCUGCAGCGGCGAGGCCAGUGAUUACUGCGAGCUCUGCUCAGCAAGGGGGGCUGCUUGAGCAGGCUGACGUGGCAAGGGGGCAGGAAGAGGGGCUGCCCUCUGGGGUGGAUUGUGCGGAUCGCCUAAUAUGCUUGGGUGCACUCACAAGUCGCGGAGCCAGGGGCCUUGAGGAGGGGCGGGGCCUGUGCGCCGAGUUCGUUGAGCGGUUUCACAAAAAUGGCGAAGAAGUCACUGUCAUUGGUCUUACUGAUGGUGAUCUCGCUGCUGAGGAUGUGGCUACGAAUGCCAACGGCAGCUGCGAUGGAAACAACAAUAACAACAACGAUAAUUACACAACAUGCAAACAUGAAAGCUGUGAGGAUAUCAAACACGGGGAAGACUCUGGUAAGGGAGUAAGUGCGAUCCGGUUGCUUUUCUUUUCCCGGUCCUCCUUGGCCAUCUUGCUUUUGUGUGCUGUGGGGCGCGAUGGGGGUCGGGGACGUGAGGGAUGGGUGAUGAGAAAAAUGAGGGUGUGGGAUUAUGGGGGAAGGGUUGGGGGCGGGAAGGGGUAGGAUAGGUGAUGCCCUUCACCCCUCCGUUUAAAAUGCGUACAUCAA